AUGCGCUUGACUAAUGUGGUUGUUCAAGGAAAGUUAGAUGGUAAAAUCGACUUGAGGAAUGUAGCAAAGAUACUAACUAAUGUGACGUAUAAUCCUAAAAGUUUUAGCGGUCUUAUGUGGCAACAUGGGAAAAUAGGAGGGGCUUGUAAGUUGUUCAAGAGCGGAGCUAUACAGUGUAACGGCAAAAGUAGUUCCUUUCACGAGGGAAUUGAGAGACUGAGACGUUAUGCUCGUUUUCUUCAACGAAAAGGUCUUUGUACAAAUGUGAUGGACAUAAGAGUCGUGACAGCAUCGGCUACUCAUCGAUGA